AUGGCUGUUCUUGUUUGCACUUGUUGCCAAGGCAAUACAGGGAAGAUCUGCAAACAUAUAGACUGGGGAACUACAGGGAGGUGACGGAUAGUGACACUGUACGUAGACUGUAUUAUUUUAUUGCUACAGAUGAGGAGCCUCCUCAAGGGUGGCUAGAGCCUCUGUAUUGCACUCAGAAUGCAGGGGCUUCAAGUUCUUCGGAACGUUUGGAGCAAAUGGACACAGGUUUGCUCUGUGAAAGCCAAGCAGAGAUGCCAGAGACACUUCACCCGGAGACAGUUCCAGACAAUACAAAUAAUGAUUUAAUCGACGAGAUAAAAGCUCGUCUCAUAGAUUUUUCAAAUAAAUCCCCUGAGGAAAUGAGGAAAGGCCUUGAAGUCAUGUGCGAAAAAUUGAGAAAGCUUGCAUCUUAUUUGGCAAAUUUUGGUGAAGGAAAAUCUAGAAAAAAUCGCGGUAACUAUAUUCCCGUUCAGUCCACUACAAUAAGCAGAAGAAAAAACAAGUUGGCAGGUCGCAGAUGUCAUCCGGGGGGAAGACAAAGACCACACUCUAAGCAAAGCGAGGAAUUUGUAAAGACAGUAGAAAUUUCUGAAAUGGCUACCUUUCCAUCACCAGCUACGCAGUCAUCCCAGUCAGCUUCAGACUUUUGAAGGUGCGCGACUGUUUACUGCAGCAUAGUGUGUAGGAUUUUCUUAAUCUGAGAUCCAACGUAAUGGAACUAUUAAGGGAAUGAUUGUACUCAGACCAAACUUACUAUUGAAAUAUAGAAGUUCUUCUUUAAAUUGGGAUAUCCCAACAAUGUGGAUACUUAUUGUGUAUGUUGCACAAGUUUCUGGGAAAUGUGAAUUAUCUUUUCUUAAAAUGUAAACUAAUUUUAUAUUCUGCAUAUGACUUUUUUAUUUACAUCUGUUCCUUCAGGUUACAUGUAGCUUAUUUAAUUUGUCAUAUUAUGUCUGCUUUCUGAAGUAGUUCUG